UUUUUAUGGUUGUUUUAAAAAUAGAAAAAAGCGAUGUUCUAUUUUUGAUAAUUUUCUUUUUCUUUUUUGUGUGUUUCAUGAAGAGAUGAUCGUUUCUUGUUAUUUGUCAGUUAAUGGUUCAUUUGGAAAAUUGAUGGGUUUUUUUCUCUCUUCCUAACGAACUUCCAUGUUGAAGUUGUCAUACUACAUCAGUUCCAUGAUUUUCAUUUCUUCAAUCAAUUCUUCCAUUUCUUCCAACAAUUCUUGCAUUUCUCUUCCUUCCUCAUCGCUAUGGCCGAAACUGCUGCUCUCCUUUCCCGGUAUCCUCAACUGGGUAGCUGUUUUUCCAAGCAAGUUAGGUUUCAGAAGAUUAAUAAUCUUCAUUCUUUUUCAACUACUCCAUUCUUUAGCAACCAUUUUCUUGAUCGACGCCUAUUCACUUCCUCCAACAACAAUUGCAUUAUCAGCAUGGAUGCCCGAGAGAAAUCGAGUCGAAAAAUAGUCAACUCCAAACGACAUAAAAUAGUUCCAGUGUAUGUGAUGCUGCCUGUUGAUAUUUUCGAAAGAGGUCCCUCUGGGAUUGUGACACUUACGAAAAUGAAGGCCGUAAGGGCGUCUCUGAGGGCACUCAAGCUUGCUGGUGUACAUGGAGUAGCGGUUGAGGUUUGGUGGGGGGUUGUAGAAUGUUUCUCUCCGAUGAUAUAUGAUUGGUCGCUCUAUGAAGCACUUUUUAGAUUGAUAUCCGAGGCAGGAUUGAAGUUGCAUGCUGCCUUGUCAUUUCAUUCAGACACGCGCUGGACAGUUAAAGGGAAAGAGGGUGUGAGUCUUCCGCUGUGGAUAAUGGAGAUUGGUGCUCGCAACAAACAUAUAUACUAUCAAGAUCAAAAGGGAAUGACCAAUGGUGAUUACCUUACUCUUGGAGUCGAUCAUUUGCCUGUUUUAUAUACACGAUCUGCCCUCCAGUGCUAUGAAGACUUCAUAUUCAACUUUGUUAAGAAUUUUGGUCACUCAAUUGGAGACUUGAUACAGGAAAUAAGCAUUGGUCUUGGCCCUUCUGGAGAGCUUAGGUAUCCUGCACAUCCUUUUGCUGAUGGAAGAUGGAUGUUUCCAGGGAUUGGCGAGUUUCAGUGCUAUGACAAAUACAUGUUGGCUGACUUGAAAAUAGCUGCAGACCAAAUAGGCAAGCCUCAGUGGGGGAACCGAGGCCCCCAAAAUGCUGGUGACUACAAUAGCUCCCCUUCUGGGGCUCCUUUCUUCGAAGGGGGAGAGGGAAGCUUUCUCUCUGAAUAUGGACAUUUUUUUCUUAAUUGGUAUAGUGGGAGAUUGAUUGAACAUGCCGAUGCUAUUCUUGGGAAGGCAGCUCAAAUAUUGAAGAGGUAUCUACAAAAGGAUCAUCCUUCAGUUACAUUAGUGGCUAAGCUUGGUGGUAUAUACUGGUGGUACAAGACAUUUUCUCAUCCUGCAGAACUUACUGCUGGUUACUACAAUACUGAAACCAGGGACGGUUACGAUUCUGUAACUUCGAUGUUGUCCCGUCAUGGCGCUGCUUUACACUUCCCCUGCUUAGAAAUGGUGGACGACGAAACACCCUCACUAUAUGACUGUAGUCCAGAGCGUUUGUUCAAACAGAUUGUGGACGCAUCAAAACAGAACUUUGUUCAUUUGAUAGGAAGGAACACAAACGAAAGGUUUGACAAGGAUGGGUUCUGGCAAAUUCAUGCCAAUUGUUGUCAUCCAGGAAACGAUGCUGUUAAAUCCUUCACUUUUUUCAGAUUGACUAAGCAGUUUUUUUGGCAUGAAAAUUGGAUCAACUUUGUUCCCUUUAUCAAAAUGAUGAGCACUAAUAGCUACUGAAUUGUUCAAAACUACACUUCUUUUUUGCUGAAACAUAAGUUCAAACAAUUCUUUACAAUAAGAUUGUUAAUACCUGAUCAGUAAACAUCUAUCUUAUAGUUGGCC